UAAGACCAAACAUUCGCGACAUGAAAUGUGGAAAGACUGGUGACCAACCCUCCUCCCUCUCUUGUCUUGCGACCAAAACUAGUUUCAAGACGACCGGGCGAAAACAUUUUCUUUCCCUUGAAGGAACGGAUGAUUGAGGCGUCAACUUCCCGACAUUUCCUCCGACGUCUCCCCUCUCCAGACUAAAGUCUGUGGAUCCUCCAGGAGUUUUGGAAAUCCAGAUUGAUAGAAAGCCUCAUUUGUCUGUCGGUGGGAACUUUGAAAACAUGGAUUGGGGGACGGAUCUUUGGGACCAGUAUGAUGGUAUUGAUAGACACACCCAGUCAGGACUGGAUCUGGUGGACCGAUACGUCAAGUUUGUCAAAGAACGGACCGAGAUAGAACAGAACUACGCCAAGCAACUCAGAAACCUCUCCAAGAAAUACCUUAAACGAGGCAGCAAGGAGGAGCAGGAGUGCGGGUUCACCAAUCACCAGUCGUUCCAGGACAUUCUGAAUGAGCUGAAUGACUAUGCGGGCCAGAGAGAGCUGAUAGCCGAGAACAUGAUGACUGGAAUCUGUGUAGAACUCACCAAAUACCUCCAGGACCUCAAACAAGAACGCAAAACAUACCUGGCCGAUGCCAAAAAAGCUCAACAGAACUUGGAGAUCAGUUUCAAACAGCUAGAGAAUACUAAGAGGCGUUUUGCCAAGGAGUGGGGAGAGGCAGAGAAAGCCACGCAGCAAGCAGAGAAAAUUGAGAACGACACAAACGCUAUCAAAGCAGAUGUUGAGAAGGUGAAGCAGCAGGCCCAUGUGAAGACACACACAGCGGAGGAGUGCAGGAACGACUACGCCGCCCAGCUCCAGAAAUACAACAAGGAACAGAACACCUUCUACUACACAGAGAUACCGCAGCUGUUUAAUAAGCUGCAGGAUAUGGAUGAGCGGCGUAUCAGGAGCCUGGCAGAGGGCUACAGUCAGUUUGCUGACGUAGAGAAGAAGGUUUUACCCAUCAUCACUAAAUGUCUGGACGGGAUCAGUAUGGCAGGGCGGAACACCAACGGCAAACAGGACUCCAUGCGGUUUAUAGAACAACACAAGUCAGGUUUUGAGCGACCGGCUGAAGUGGACUUUGAAGACUACAGCCAAGGUAUCAAACCAGCCUCCUCAGACGCCAACCUCAACCAACCUAAAAUACGCACUAAACUGUGGCCCUUCAGCCACAAGAAAACCAAGUUCCAGAGGAUAAAUUCUGACAAGCACAUGUCUCCAGCUGCUGAGGACUUCUCUCACCUGCCUCCAGAACAGAGGAAGAAGAGACUUCAGUCCAAGAUUGAUGACAUCACCAAGGAACUUCAAAAGGAGCUGGACCAGAGUGAGGCAUUAGAGAAGAUGAGAGGUGUUUAUGAACGGAACCCUCAGAUGGGAGACCCAGCCAGUCUAGAACCUCAGAUCACCCAGACCUCGCAGAACGUUGGACGACUCAGAGGACAACUCACCAAAUACGAGUCGUGGCUGGCUGAAGCUUUCAGAGGAGAGGAUUCUACCAACACUGCUGUCAACAACAAUCAACACUGUUCCAUGUCAACUGAUCCGUCUCAGAACAUCUACUCAGAGUUUGAUGAAGACUUUGAUGAAGAUGUGGAGACUCCUAUAGGAAAGGCUACUGCCCUCUACACCUUCCAAGGUUCCAGUCAGGGGACAGUGUCUAUAACAGAAGGGGAACAGCUCAGUGUGAUGGAGAAGGAUAAAGGAGAUGGAUGGAUGAGGGUUCUACGAGCCAACGGAGACGAAGGAUACAUCCCCUCAUCCUACGUCAAAUUCUAGACAAUAACACACACAGACACACACACACACACACACACACGUAUACAUGGAUACACACACCGAUUUUACACACGCGCGUACACACACACAUACACACUUACACACUCCUUUUAGCCAAGGACUUCCAUUCUGUGUGUUUAAGCAGUACCACCCCUCCCUCUGUCUACCUCCCUGUGUCUACCUCCCUGUGUCUACCUCCCUGUGUCUACCUCCCUGUGUCUACCUCCCUGUGUCUACCUCCCUGUGUCUACCUCCCUGUGUCUACCUCCCUGUGUCUACCUCCCUGUGUCUACCUCCCUGUGUCUACCUCC